UUGUAUUUCCUGUGUAAAAGAGAGACCAGGGGCAGUACUGAGUGUAUCUCAACAGAGCUGGCUCACUGAAGGGGACUCAGAGACUCUAAGCUGUGAGAUUACAGACUCCUCGACAGACUGGACAUUCAGCUGGUACACAGCUGUUCCCUACAGAGAUGGCUUAACUCAAAUAAAACAUAAUCAUGGCUAUAUCAUGUAUGUGGAGCUCCUCUCAGACAGCAGCAGAGGAUCUGGAGGCAAAUACACUCUCAGUCCUGCUGCUCUUAAUCACACAGGAGUUUAUAUGUGCAGAGGAGAGAGAGGAGAACCAGCCUUACACACACAGUACAGCAAUCCACAGCCACUAUGGAUCACUGGGGAAUCUCCUCCAGUCUCUCUGAUCAUCAAUCCCAGCAGAACUCAACACUUUACUACAGACUCUCUCUCACUGAGCUGUGAGGGCCAGAGAAACUCUACUGGAUGGACAGUGAGACAAUACACAUACAGUGAGAGAGUGUUAAAUUGUUCACGGUGGGGAUCAUUUACAGGCUCUACAUGCAAAAUCAGUUCAAUCGACACAUAUCACACUGGAGUUUACUGGUGUGAGUCUGAAUCUGGAGGGAGCAGUAAUCCUAUCAACGUCACGGUGCAUGAUGGUGAUGUGAUCCUGGAGAGUCCUGUCCAUCCUGUGACUGAGGGACAUCCUCUGACUCUACGCUGUUUAUAUCGCUACACAAAGUCCUCAAACCUCCGAGCUGAUUUCUAUAAAGAUGGAUCAGUUCUCCAGACACAGACUACAGGAGAGAUGAUCAUCCGAACUGUCUCAAAGUCAGAUGAAGGUUUCUACCACUGUAAACACCCAGAGAGAGGAGCGUCACCAAAAAGCUGGGUCUCAGUCAGAGUCUCAGGUCUAGGUCCUGGAACAGUACGAGUGGCUGUGGGACUGAGUUUGGCCUUCUUGUUCAUUAUUUUAUUAAUCUUAAUGAUCCUGCUGUGGUUCUGCAAAAUAAAGAAAGAAAAUCAGACAUCAGAGCAGAAUCAGAGCCGGUCAGGAGCUGAAGACUCUCAGUCAGGACACACACCACUUCAGGCUGAAGGAAAUCCUAAUAUCUAUACCACUGUGGACCAGGCAGAUACGAGUGGAACAGGUGAAGCUGCAGCUGAGAGCAGAGAAGACACUUGCGCAGAGGUCACGGAGAAAAAUAAGGCAAAGGGGAACAACAAUGUUGAUGCUGAACCCAGUGGUGGUGAUGUGACUUAUAGUGAACUUGUAAUAAAACCACAGAAAAAAUCUAUGAGAAUAAAAGAAAAAGCCAGUGUUGGUGCUGAUACUGUAUACUCAGAGCUGAAGCUGAACACCAAGACUUCACUGGACUGAACUCAACCAUGUGGACAUCCGAUCUGCUCAUGGGCAAGUGUGGCUGGACUAAAGCUGGGGACCGUUUUGAUCAAAGUGGUGGAAGAGGAUGACACCACUUCAGUCCACAGCAGUGAAAAGAAACGUUUGCCAGAUUCAGUAAUACACCUGUGCAAACUGAAAGAGUAAAUUAGAUACUUAAAAAUUAAAUACACAGGGCUACAGAUUUCACGCUGUGGUUUGGAUGAUCUAGUAGACACCUUAUGAAGUCCUAUGAUGUAUAGCGCACAUUACAAUGGUUGCACAAUUGCUUGUUUUUUUGCUACAAAUUGCUUAUUUAAUUUAGUUAUGCAUUUACACAUUCCAGCUUUUGAGAAAUUGUUCAUUAUAAGUUUUACUCUCACAUUUUUACAUUAGAUUAUUUACAUUACUAUCGUGUACCAUGUGUCCUUUUUAACGUUGUUGUAUGUUUCAACUUAUACAGUACAUUAAUUAAACUCAUUUAACCAGUCACUCAUGUCACAGGUUUAACGGUUGUUUUUUGCAUAGUCUGUAAAAUGAACUGAAAAUAUAAAAUUUAGUUUAUCAGAAGGUAAAUUAAUGUGUCCUGACUCACACUAUGUUCCUAAAUUCUGUCACAAUUGACCAGCUCAAGUUUUCUCAUGCCUACUUGUGUGUUAUAUUGUGUCACAUUAAUGUUACAAUCACUAAAAAACAUAAAUAAAUAUAAAAAAAACAACCUAAACAUGCUCAAUUUUUUGUAAUUCGGAGCACAAGUGCUCCUAAAAGAAAUUGUUAGCGUAGAGCCCUGCUACGAUACUGAUGAAAAUAGUAUCUGAAUGUUGCUAUAGCGUUGGUCACAGGGGCGAGUUCAUAAGGUAACAUGGGUCUUUGUAAAUGUGUUGAUAUGCCUGUGUGGGAGGAAUGACUUCAGUAAGGUUGUAGUUCUUGCUUUUAAAUCUGUCUUUUUGUCCGUUAUCUUUAAAUGAUUUUUUUCAAGGCAUUUGAUACCCUCGAGCACCCUUUUCUGUUGAAGUCUUUAGAAAUCUUUGGCUCUGGUCCCAUGUUUCGUAGUGUAAUAUCCAUGUUCUAUAAUGAUGUUUUCAGUAGUGUUUCCCUGAACCUGGGUCUAAAGCAGA